ACCACAGUAUACACCUACACAGCUUCCGGUGGGAAACUCUUCGGAAAGCUUUGCGGUACGCCUUCCUAUACGCGCCUACACAACUGUACCUCCUUCCAGAAAGUGUAUACCGUGCGCUUCAAUGGUACUCUAGCAAAUGGAGAUUGUGGGUCUGCCAUUCUCGACGCUGCUACGGGAGAGACUUACGGGCACCUGGUCCUCGGAUGUCGAACAACAGGAACUGCCUACGUCCUGGCCGCACACCAGGCUGUAGAA